AUGAUACAGGAGCGACUCAUGGCGGCGGCUGAUGAAAUAUUCGCGCUGUUUGAAAGAACGAUAGCGUCGUACGAGGAGGAACUUUCUAGAACCAGCGAGAAGGAGCGACAUGGACAACAACUUGAAGCUGCUGCGUUUGACGACAAAGACGUCCAGCAGCCCCCCUGCAUUAAAGAUGAAGAGGAGGAACUGUGGACCACUCAGGCUGAUCUUGCCCAGUUGCCACUGACUGGUGUCUCUGAGACAACAGAGGCUGAGGGAGACCACUGUGGGGGAUCACAAGUGGACAAGCUCUUAGCUCCACUAUCAGAUAGUGACGACAUAACGUCUCACUCUCCUGAGGACGGAGACAGGGACGACACCCAAGAUGCUUUGAGCAGCGAUACAGACCGGGAAGGCGAUAUCAGGACUCACGCCGACUCACAGUGCUCCAAAAAGAAGACGCAUGAAAAACUUUUCACCUGCUCAAUUUGCGAUAAAAGCUUCUAUUACAAGAGUAAUUUAGCUCGACACAGGUGGACGCACUCAAAAGAAAAACCCUUUUCAUGCCCGGUUUGUGCCAAAAGCUUUUCCCAUAAGAGUAACCUGACCCGACACGCGCUGACACACACCGGAGAGAAACACUUUAGUUGCUCAGUUUGUGGCGACAAAUUCGCCUACAGCUACACGCUGGCCCGACACAUGCGCACGCACACCGGGGAGAAACCUUUCAUUUGCUCAGUUUGCGGCCAAAGCUACUCUCAGAAAUCAAACAUGGUCGCGCACAUGAAAACGCACUCAGGAGAAAAACCCUUCAGUUGCUCAAUUUGCGGCAAGAGGUUCACUCAGAAGGUGAACAUGGCGUCGCACUUGGCGACGCACGCAGUGGAAAAACCUUUUCGAUGCUCAGUUUGCGGCAAAAGUUUUUGCUACCAGAAAAGUUUGACGGCGCACAUGUUGGCACACAACGGAGAAUAA